CCCACAAGCUGCUGUUCAAUUCAGCUUCGGUUUUGACAUAACUGCCGGAGGCUUUCCGCCAUCAUCGCUUGCAAGCCGUUAGAUUUGACCGUGGGACUCAACGGAACUCCCCAAGUCCGCUAGGCCACAGCCAUGCAAGCCAUCAAGUGUGUGGUGGUUGGAGAUGGAGCUGUGGGUAAAACCUGCCUCCUGAUCAGCUACACCACAAAUGCCUUCCCAGGAGAAUACAUCCCUACCGUAUUUGAUAACUACUCUGCCAAUGUAAUGGUUGAUAGCAAACCUGUAAACCUGGGGUUGUGGGAUACGGCUGGCCAGGAGGACUAUGACCGCUUGAGACCUCUCUCCUAUCCUCAGACAGACGUCUUCCUCAUCUGCUUCUCUCUAGUCAGCCCCGCAUCUUAUGAGAAUGUCCGUGCUAAGUGGUUCCCUGAAGUACGGCAUCACUGCCCUAGCACUCCCAUGAUCCUUGUGGGCACAAAGCUGGAUCUCCGAGAUGACAAGGACACCAUAGAGAAGCUCAAAGAGAAGAAGUUGGCACCCAUUACGUACCCACAAGGCCUUGCGCUGGCCAAGGAAAUUGAUGCAGUGAAAUACCUCGAAUGCUCAGCACUGACUCAGCGCGGCCUGAAAACAGUGUUUGAUGAGGCAAUUCGGGCGGUUCUCUGUCCACAACCCACAAAGACGAAGAAAAGGGGGUGCAGCAUCCUUUAAGGAUUCCAGACCCGGCUCCCUCAACCAAUGAAAUUGCUCCUUUCUCUGGGCUUUGCUGAUUGGAUAGAGACUGAAGACUGGAUUCCUCUCCUGUAUCUCCCUAAGUGUUGCCAGUGAAGAGUUUUGGGAUUUUUUUAAAGGGUUAUUUAGUCUGGAAUUGCCUCCUGGAAUUCCUCACUUGUUAGGAAGCCUCCCCACUACACCAUAUUUAGUCUGCUGUGUUCUAUUGUUUUUCAGAUUCAUUGGCCUGUGGUUUCCACACACACCCCCAACCUGAUCUAUGGCUAUUGUUGGUUUUUUUUAAAAAAAAGUUUAGUGCAAUUGUAGCACCAGUCUCUUCAGUGUGGACAGGAAAAGCGCUAUUAAGGGGUUUCAAGGCUUCUGUACUUUCCGGUUCCUCUUUGAAGGUUAAUUCUGUUUUAUUGCUUCCUGUUGAUCUUGGCUAAAGGAUUUUUGCUUAACAGUGUACUUUGCACCUUUAAUAGCGUUUCUAAAUUGCUCCAAUGACAGUUUCUCUCCCUGUGGACGGGAGAGGAGCUUCUAAUUACUGCUUUCAUCUCACUAUACCUUUGUUUACUUAUUUUAAUGGUGAGAUGGCAUCAUAAAGGUGCUAUUUCACCAUUAACCAAAGAAAAUUGGGGGGGGGGACAAGAAAAAAUAAGUACUUAACAUCUCCCCACCCCCACCCCAAUUCCCUGUGGGAAGAGAAACUGACACUGGGGCAAUUUAGAAAUACCAUUCAGCAUUUUCAACUUAUACCAACAUGCAAGGUAUCUGAAGAAGUGUGCAUGCACACGAAAGCUCAUACCAAUGACAAACUUAGUUGGUCUCUGAGGUGCUGCUGGAAGGAAUUUUUUUAUUUUGUUAUACCAACAUGAAAUAGUAAAACAGAAGGCUUUUGAAUAGCAUUGGGAAGGACCUUUGCUGAAUGGGCCUUUCUUCUGAGUUAAUGGAUGAUCUCGCCCCUUGUAUUGCUGGAGAAUACCCCGCUAUGUAAAGUUUCUUGUGUGGUAACUCUGUUUUAAUUCCACUUCUAGCCAAUUGUAUAAAAGCAGUGCUUCAGCUGUGCUAAAAGGCUCUUGUGUGCAAGUGCCCUUGUUCUCUGAAAUCUCCCCAUAUAGCCUCUCCAUCCCUGAUCACAGCAGAGCAAACAAGGCUCAAUAAAUUAUCUCUCUCUUUGCUUCUGCCACCCUUGUCUCGUGCUGGUUCUAAAGAACUAUGAUAAAGAGGCUGGGCCUCUCUGAUGACGACAUGUCUGCUACUUAGCUAAGAAGCUGUAGCUCAUACAUUGCAUCUCCUUUUGCAAAGCAUCGUGACGACUCUGACUUACAGCAAAUCCUCAUCCUGGGACCUUGGGGGUGUUCUGAGGGAUUUUUUACCUAGGUGCAAUUAUGGAGUUCAAGCUAAAGGAGAUGUGAUGUGUCAUAGAUAAGUCAGGGCCAUGGCCACUUUUGCCUCAAAGGGCAUAGCUCCAGUCCUUGGCUUAAGCCAGCCAGGUGCCCAAGUUCCUUGAUACGGGGAAGAAAGACUCACUUCAUCAUUGGAUGGUCUGUCCCAUGUUGCCGGGUCAUCUCUGUGUGUAGGUGAGCAACUCAAGAUUUCCUCCCAGAGAUGCUACCUUCUUUUCCUCGCCUCUGAUCCUGACAUACCAAGAUCAGGGAAGGGUGGGUUGUUGUUGCCUUCCUCCCUCUUCCCAUUGGUUAGUUCCUUUCGCCCUCUGCCCCGACUUGCAUGAUUGGUUGCAGUCCUCCAAUCCUUCUCUCCUCAUUCAGGAACCUUUUGAAAGGACUUCUGGG